CUCCAGUGACUGCUGUUUAGUGCUGUGCAGUGCUCAUACACUAGUGGAGAAGAUUACAACCACUGAUGGGUAAUCAUUAAAAAACAGACCAGCAGAAGUCCAAACAUUAUGCUUCUGUAUGUGAAUUUACAUUAAUGUAGAAUUAAUGUGAUGUCCAGCCUUGGGGAUUUAAGGAUUAAUAAAGCACAGGCCUCUAAAUCUCUAUAACCAUGGGUUUAAGUGACAUUAUGGGACUGAAUGUGACCCCAGUUUGGCUUGCGACCACAGUUGUGUUGAUCACAGCUGCUGUAUUUUAUCUCUACAGUCUGAUGCUUCGGCAUUUAGCCAAGACAACUGUGAAGAACAAAGUGGUGCUGAUUACUGACUCACUGUCAGCGCUUGGAAAGGAAUGUGCAAAACUCUUUCACACCGGUGGAGCCAGACUGAUCCUCUGUGGAAAUAACUGGGAGAAGUUAGAGGAUUUAGCUGAGCAGCUGACAGAUGAAUCAGAUCCAACAAUUACAUUUUCGCCCAAACUCGUGGAGCUGGACUUCAUUGAUAUGGAAAGUGUUCCAGAUGUGAUUUCUGAAAUCCUGGAGUGUUAUGGAUGUCUGGAUAUUCUGAUCUUCAACAGCAGCCUGAAGGUUAAGGCUCCUGUACAGAAUCUGUCUCUAGAGAUGGACAGAACUGUCAUGGAUGUGAACUAUUUUGGGCCCAUGACGUUGGCUAAGGGUGUACUUCCAUCCUUGAUCUCCAGGAGGACAGGUCACAUUCUUCUAGUCAACAGCAUUCAGGGGAGGCUGACCGUGCCAUUCCGUGCCAACUAUGCCGCCUCUAAGCAUGCGGUUCAGGCUUUCUUUGACUGUCUACGGGCUGAAGUUCAACAGUAUGGUAUCACAGUGAGCACCGUCAAUCACACAUUCAUAAAAUCUCCCAGCACAGAGGAUGAGACAACGGGCACAAGCUUCAUUAAACAGAAGUCCUUUGGUGUGAACCCUAAACAGAUUGCAAGUGAGAUUCUGAAGACUCUGAGCAGCAAGAAAAAGGAGAUUUUAAUGGCUCGCUCAUUCUCCAAAGCAGCAAUCUACACCAGAUCUCUCUUUCCCAACCUCUUCUUUGCCAUCAUGGCAGCAGGAGUCAAGGACACCACGGCUGUGGAGUGGCCUGAUGAAUGAGAUGAACAAAAUGAAACAUUUUUCAGUUGGGCUUAAUGUACCAAUUAAAUGUUUAAUUGUUGCAGUUCUUAAAUUAUAAGAUCUUGCUUUAAAGUGCCAAUAUUAUGUCCAUUUAAUGGCCGAUAUUAUAGUAUAUUUAACCAUUGUAUUAGUGAUACAACAUGCCAACAAACACAUCUAAAAAGCUUUUGGGUAAAGUUAACCAGUCAGUCAGUGGAAGUGGACAGGCCUUUGUUAGUGUGACGUCACAUUAACAAGAAUCAAAACAUCAUGUCUAAUAACCCAGUCAACACACCCAUGUGGGGCCCAAAGGGGUUGCACCUGGGCUGACCCCGCUAAUUUUGUCCUCAGUUUCCAUGGUGGCCCCACAUGUGUUAGCCCAGAUGGGCUGAUGAAUAAUCCACAGUAUGAAAACAAACACGAGAAAGCACAAGCACCACAUCCAACAAUGUCUGGCAAAAAAUAAUAACAAGAUAACAAGACACACCUGAUGAGAUAUCAACAGGGAAGCAAUGAACAAAAGAACUAAAUGACUACAAGCAUAAUGCAGGAAACAAAAACUCAAAAUACAAACAUAAAAGUCAAUAAAACACAGAACAGGGCUAUGACACUUGUAUUCUUCAUGCUUUACUUUAUAAAGCAAGGAUUUUUAUUACAUACGACCUAGGUAGCUGGGUCCCAUCACUAACCCAUGUACGCACCAGGUGGGAGCAACCUGGUUAAUCCAUAUGGGCCCUAUAUGGAGCCCAUCAAGUACCCAUCAUCAGCCUAUCUGGGCUAAUGUGGGGCCACCAUGAAAACUAAAGACGAAAUUAGCUGGGUCCCAGUUGGGGAGCCUAUGUGGGCCCCACAUUGAUAUAAGCCCAGGUGCAACCCCUUUUGGCACCAGCCCGCAGACAGUCAAAGACAGCCUGAACGACAUGCUUAGAGGUGACAUCUGAACAAAGCAUAACAAAUGAUAUAAACAUUGCUAUUACAUUGAAAAAAAUUUCUUGUAAAUGUACUUAAUAAAAUCCUCAAAACAAUUAAGUAAAAUUUACUGCUUUAAUUUCAAGUACAACUUACCUACCAAAAUCAAAUAAAAUGGCUGGGUUGUGUGGUGAGUUCAACCCAACACCAUUGAUUGUUUUGUUUUUUCAAGUUCAAGUGUCAAAAUAUCAACAAAAAUAAUUGUAAAGAAAUACAAUAUGUGCACUAUAUACCCAUGUAAUCAACCUACCGUAUAUGGAAUUAAUUAUGUUUGCACUUGUAUAUUUUAUCAAACAAAACAAGUCCCUUGUGCAGCCCAUUUUGAGCCCAUGCACACAUUUCCCAUUAUUGACCCAACUAGAAACCAGAUGGGAGCCCAACUUUGGAUCACUCAUGUGGGUCCUAACUGGGUAACCCAAAUGGGCCCUGAAUAAGAUGCCAAUUUUGAGCCCAUGCUCUCUU